CUCUAGCUGCAGACGAAGACUUGGCCGCUGGAAACUCCGUCCUGUGGGUUGUUAGGACUGCACCUUCUUCACAAGGAAGGAGAUCAUGAGGCUCUUCUAUCGCUAUCAGGACCUGGCUCCCCAGCUUGUCCCCCUUGACUAUACCAGCUACCCUGAUGUGAAGGUGCCUUAUGAGCUCAUCAGCAGCAUGCCCGAGCUGAAGGACAACCCGUUCCGUCAAAGGAUUGCCCAGGUCUUCUCUGAGGAUGGGGAUGGCCACAUGACCCUGGACAACUUCCUGGACAUGUUUUCAGUGAUGAGUGAAAUGGCUCCCCGUGACCUCAAAGCCUACUAUGCUUUUAAAAUCUAUGACUUUAACAACGAUGACUACAUCUGUAUGUGGGACCUGGAGCAGACGGUGACCAAGCUGACACGAGGGGAGCUGAGCUCUGAAGAGGUGACCCUGGUGUGCGAGAAGGUGCUGGAUGAGGCCGAUGGAGACCAUGAUGGGCGGCUGUCCCUGGAAGACUUCCAGAACAUGAUCCUGCGGGCACCCGACUUCCUCAGCACCUUCCACAUCCGCAUCUGAGGACACCAUGGAGGAGCCGGGCCGGAGCUUGAUAGGGUGACCCCUCACCCCACUGUAGAAUCUGGACUCUGGCAAUAAACACAUCACUG